AUGUCUAGCAGGUUCGGAAGACAAGACGCCCGCGACGACCUCUUCAGCUCCUACAACCGCAGCGCCUCGCCCUCGAAAUCAAAGAACAAGGCCCGGUCCUCGCCCUACAACGCCAGCUACGGCUACACACCUCCUUCCUCAGCCGAUGCACACACGCCGUCUUUUGGCGCAUACGGGGCCGCGUCGUCGUCGAGUAACGGAAGCCUAUUUCCUUCAAGUAGUGGGAGCGGGUACGGUGUAGGGGGAGGCGGAGGUGGAGGCGCCAGGAAUAUAGACGGGAGUUUCAGGAGUGCCACGCCGAAUUCGAGAGGGCAGUAUUCUGCGGCUGUCAUGGACGAGUUGGAGAGCCAGAAUGAUGAGCAUGUGGGUGUUUUGACGUCAAAGGUUAAGAUGCUUAAAGAUUUAACACACCUCAUCGGCGACGAGAUCCGCGACUCCACCACGCUCACUGAGAAAAUGAAUGACCAGUUCGAGAACUCGCGGAACAAGAUUAAGGGGACUAUGACUCGCAUGUUGAGGAUGGCACAGACGACAGGCGUAGGCUGGAAAGCCUGGCUAGGCUUCUUUGCCGCUGUUAUUUUGCUGUUUUUGUGGGUGCGGCUUAGGUAA